UCCGAGCUAUUUUGGGCUACUCAGCUGCAGCAUAUAUACCCCGGAGACGGCUAGGUGCGGGAUUCAUGUCAGUCAACGACAAAGCGAGGAGGGCUGUACCGAUGUAUACUCUAGCGGGGAUUAAAUAGAAGAAAUGUUUCGAUGUGUGAAACCUUCAGAGGUUGAGGAGGGUCACUCCAUCAUCCGGAAGAAGCUGGUGGUUGUUGGCGACGGGGAGUGCGGCAAGACUUGCCUCCUGUACAGAUUCAACAAAGGGGUGUUCCACAUCAACGGUUACCUUCCCACCGUGUUCGACUCUGACGUCACAGAAGUACUCUACAAGAAUAAAACAGUUGAACUGUCGCUGUUUGACACGGCGGGACAAGAAGACUAUGAUCGUCUGCGUCCCAUCUGUUACCCGGAUUCUGACGUGAUUCUCGUCUGCUUCUCUGUGGACAACCCAGACAGUCUCCAGAACGUGGAGCACACGUGGGUGCCGGAAGUGAGAGAUUUCUGCGGGAAUGUACCCAUCAUACUUGUAGGAACCAAAUCAGACCUGAGGGAAGACUAUGAAAACGCAAAUGUGACCUGUAUCAAGCAAGGACCUGUGAAAUAUCGAGAAGGAAUGGCAAUGGCUGCCAGAAUAGGAGCUGUGGGAUAUUUGGAGUGCUCCUCUAAGACAGAUGAAGGUGUCAGGCAGGUGUUUGAGAACGCCAUCACGGCGUCUAUGACGUCCAAAAAAAGUCGGAAACUGUUUCGAAGGUUUCGGAAGAGAGGUAACUGACAUUCACAUUGUGUGGAUCAAGUUGUCUGCUGGCUUUGAAAAUGGCCGAAGGUGUUUGUGUGUUGGGCGAUUCAAAACGCCCUGGUGUCCUGAGGAAGAGACACUGGCAACAAUGGUGUUGUCAAAAUGGCAAAGACAGCGCUUCGUCGGAUCGCCACAAAACCAUGUCGGGUCGCGACGAAAACACAGGUACACAUAGCACCUAGUCAGGUAUCUAUAUGAUGUGGAGUCUACUGAUUGAAAAACGAUUGGACAAAUCCACGACAUUCUGACGUGCUCAUGGAUAAGCUUUACAGCCCACCGAGUGUGACCGUGUGUGGAGUUUGUGUCACGUGUUUAUGGUAUACCAGGGAAGGCGUGCGAGUCCUUGGUACAACAAUAUUCGUGAUUAUUAAGUGCACGCAUUGACAAUAUGAUCUCGUUCACUUAAGAUUGAAAUGAUUUUUGCAUUUGUACUUCAAGACUUUUCACUGGAAGCAGCACGAACACAAAGAAUUUGAAGAAUCAUUAUUUCGCUCCUCAUUGGCUGUAAAUGCUCUUGUGCUAUGCAUUCCCGAUGUAGGCUAUUUAUUUAUACAUCACCUGUUUUACAUUGCACAUUGAAUAAAUAAUUUAAUGAA